GACAGAGCACAAAAGUGCCAAAAACCCUAACAAAACACAAGGGAUGGAGCCUUUUCCCCCUGGCUUUCCUGCUCCAAACUGCCUGGGGCUGGCAGCUGGUGGCCCCGAGGCUCUGGUGACCCUUCCCCGCUGCAGGGAGGACGCCGUGGUGAUCUCGGGGAGGAAGCUGGCGCGGCAGAUCCGGCAGGAAGCGCGGCACGAGGUGCAGCAGUGGGUGGCUGCGGGGAACAGGAGGCCUCACCUGAGCGUGGUGCUGGUGGGGGAGAACCCGGCCAGCCACUCCUAUGUCCUCAACAAAACCAAAGCAGCGGCUGAUGUGGGGAUCAGCAGCGAGACCAUCCUCAGGCCAGCCUCCAUCAGCGAGGAGGAGCUGCUGGAGUUGAUCAGCAAACUCAACAACGACUCAGCCGUGGACGGGCUGCUGGUGCAGCUUCCCCUGCCUGAGCACAUCGACGAGCGCAGGCUCUGCAACGCCGUGAGCCCGCACAAGGACGUGGACGGCUUCCACGUGAUCAACGUGGGCCGAAUGUGCCUGGACCAGGACUCCAUGCUGCCCGCCACGCCCUGGGGUGUCUGGGAGAUCAUCCAGAGGACAGGAAUCCCGACGCUGGGCAGGAACGUGGUGGUGGCGGGCAGGUCCAAGAACGUGGGGAUGCCGAUCGCGAUGCUGCUCCACACCGACGGCAGCCACGAGCGGCCUGGAGGGGACGCCACGGUGACGAUCUCGCACCGCUACACGCCCAAGGAGCAGCUGAAGCAGCACACGAUCCGCGCCGACAUCGUGGUGGCAGCUGCAGGCAUCCCCAACCUGAUCACGGCCGACAUGAUCAAGGAAGGCGCCGCCGUGAUCGACGUGGGCAUCACCAGGGUGCAGGAUCCCGUCACCGCCAAGCCCAGGCUGGUGGGGGACGUGGAUUUUGAAGGGGUGAGGAAGAAGGCGAGUUACAUCACCCCGGUGCCCGGCGGUGUGGGGCCCAUGACCGUGGCCAUGCUGAUGAAAAACACCAUCAUCGCCGCCAAGAAACUGCUGAAACCCAAAGAGCUCGAGGCUCUGCCUGCCUAGGCAGGCCUGGCACCUGGGCCUGGCUGGGCUCCCCUCAGGAGCUGGGCCCACCCUGGAACUGGGCCUAGCCAGGCCCCCCCUUGGAUUUGGGCCCACCAAAAGCCGGGCCUAGCUGGGCUCCCCUUGGAUUUGGGGCCUCUCCUUGGAUCCGGGCCUAGCUGGGCCCCCCGAGAGCCGGGCCUAGCCAGGCCUCCCUUGGAUCUGGGCCCACCACCGAGAGCUGGGCCUUGCUGGGCCCCCCUUGGAUCUGGGCCUAGCCAGGCCUCCCUUGGAUUUGGGGCCCCCGAGAGCCGGGCCUAGCUGGACUCCCCUUGGAUUUGGGCCCCUCAGGAUCUGGGCCUAGCUGGGCCCACCGAGAGCCGGGCCUAGCUGGGCCCCCCUUGGAUCUGGGCCCCCCAAGAUCUGGGCCUAACUUGGCUCCCCAAGAGCUGGGCCUAGCCAGGCCCCCCUUGGAUUUGGGCCCCCCAAGAGCCGGGCCUAGCCAGGCCUCCCUUGGAUUUGGGCCCCUCAGGAUCCAGGCCUAGCUGGGCCCCCCAAGAGCCGGGCCUAGCUGGGCUCCCCUUGGAUCUGGGCCCCUCAGGAUCCGGGCCUGGCCAGGGCCUCUCUGGCCCACGACAUUCCAGACUGACUCCCGAACAGGCCGAUAGAAAAUGCAAUAUUUCUUAUUUAUUGUCUCGCACGUGGGGCUGCUCCCCGCUCGGAGCUCACAGGUAUUUAUUGGAAUUUGGUGAGAGCUGGGAUUAUCCACACUCCUGCUUUGUGUUUGAG